AUGUCUCAAUUUCAUUUACUACGAAGUUACAGAUUAGAUUCCGACUUCCCUACUCCUCUGUUCAAGAAACCAAAUUUGAACCCUCCUGUACCAUUUAAAAACAAAACCGGUAGGAUUAUCGCCGCAUUUAGUAACUGCGAACCGGUGAGGACCGAGUACCUCAGACAAUUAAUGAGAUAUAUCCCGGUAGAUUCUUACGGUGCAUGUUUACACAAUAAGGCAGGACUCGUCCAGCGUUAUAAAUCCGAUUUUAAAAAUAUGAAAUCGAAGUUACAAAAGACAUACAAAUUUGCUAUAACAUUUUUCAACCAAGAUUGUGACUAUUUUGUCGAUGAUCAAAUUCUACAUGCGCUGAACGCUGGCUCUGUGCCAAUCGUCAUGAGUACAAACAAGAUUUAUGAGUUUUUACCAGGAAAUCUUAAAAACGCUAUCAUUAACGUAAGGGAUUUCAAAAAUCCCCGAGAACUAGCCAAGCGUCUAAAGGUUUUGAUGAAUAACGAAACGGAGUAUAAUAAACAUUUAGAAUGGAAGCGAAAAGGUCUCGGGGAUAUAAGUGAAACAAUUAUUGGAAAAUAUUGGGAUAGAAAAUUCCAUCAUUGGUGUAAAAUAUGUCAAGCUAUUGCUCAAGGGAAAUGGCAUAAACAGGGACUUAAGGUCGAUCUUUGCCAGACAAGGCAGUUCAAUACUUGGGGCAUAAAUCCAGGAUAUAUAUAG